UUGACAUAACCUUAAUCAAACUUGACGUAAAAAUAUCAACUUUCAAUUUUCAUUCCUUAUCACAACAUAUACUUUUGUUUAAGUCUGAUAUAUUAUCCAAAAUUCUUCGUGUUUAUAGUUGUAAAAAGUUAACAAUCAUCCAUGUUAUAAAUCUUAUUUGAAUGAAAUAAAGUCAAAACAGAAACAUGGACAAAUCUCUAUCUCAUUUUGAGUUGAACGAUAAUAAUUCAAAAAACGGAUCGGAAUCUGGAUCUGAGAAAAAUGAACCCUCAAUAGAUAUGUUUGCUUUUGGAGAUACUGAUUCUUCCAAUGGUAGUAAAGGUGAUGAUGACUUUGAUAAUAAUUUACCCGAAACAGUGAAUCUGAUAGUAGAUUCCACCAAAAAUACUAAAGUGUAUAUUGUGGGUACUGCUCAUUUCAGCAAAGAAUCUCAAGAGGAUGUAGAAAAGGUUAUUCAACAUGUUCAACCUGAUAUUGUCAUUUUGGAGCUGUGUAGUUCUAGACUUAACAUAUUGAAUUUAGAUGAGGAGAGCAUUUUAAAAGAAGCACAAGAAAUUAAUACUCGAAAAAUUUUAUCCACUAUUAAAUCAAAUGGGGUUUACAAUGGAAUAAUUUAUCUACUACUGUUGGAUAUGAGUGCUCAUAUAACUAAGGAAAUAGGAAUGGCUCCAGGUGGAGAGUUCAGAGUUGCAUAUAGGGAGGUAGCAAAAUUACCAAAGUGCAAAAUUCUUCUUGGGGAUAGGCCUAUUAGCAUUACCUUGAAAAGAGCUAUAGCAGGACUUUCAUGGUUCCAGACAUUCAAGUUGAUAUGGCAUCUUAUGAAUUCCAAAGACCCUGUUAGCAAAGAAGACAUUGAAAAAUGCAAGAAUAGGGAUAUGCUUGAACAAAUUCUUGCAGAGUUUGCAGAACAUUACCCCGAGUUCAAGGAAGUAUUUGUUGCAGAGCGUGAUAUAUUUUUGACUUAUUCUAUACAAAAUGCGGUGUCUAAUCUGGAUGCUGCUAAUCGACCAGUUGGCAAGCAAGAUUUUCAAAAAGUAGUAGCAGUUGUUGGGAUAGGACACAUGCCCGGUAUUCUCAAACUUUAUCAUACAGACCAAAGACCAUUUAUUAAAGAUAUGUUGACUAUUCCUCCGCCUUCCAAGGUUUCCAAAUUUAUUAAGAUGAGUUUUAGAAUUUCACUUUAUGCAGCCGGUGGAUACCUAGUCUAUCGUUAUGUACCAGUGCCUAAAUUCUUCAAAAAAAAUGUACAUGUUGUAGUUCAACAAAUUUUAAAUAGUCUGAACCCCAGCAAAAUAAGUUUAAAUUUUAACAAAUACUAAAGAGAUAUUUUAGUGAGAAGUGGAAUAGAAUAAGUUUUGAGAUGGCAGUUUGUAAUCUAAGAAAAUCAUUAACUUCCAAUGACCUGUGCCAACUAUAUUGAAAAUUCAUGUUUGAAACUGGGCAAAAAUUACAAUAUAUCAAAAAAACACUUAAAAUAUAGAUAAAUGUGAUAUGCCAAAAAUAUUUAAUGCUCUCAAGAAAUUUUCAGUUUAGUUUCUGAUAGCAUUACUAAUAAAUGAAGUUGGUUAAUUCUUAGCCUAUCUUUUACACCAUGGCCUGUUGGAUUAUAUUUCAUCUGAACUUUUACCCAAAUAUGUAAUAGAAAUCUUAACCUUAGUACGACUUCCCAGAAAUUUAAUAAUUAUUAUCAAUAAAUCUUAGAACUUCUAGUUCUGGGAAAUGUGUUUUUAGAUCAAAGUACACUGAAGAUUACUAUUUUAAUUGUGGACAAAAUAGUUGAUGAAAUGAUAUCAUGGCCACUAGGCUGAGAUAAACAACAAUAUCAUUAUUUCAAGCAGUGAACAUAGUUGCUCAAAACCAUCAAGCUGGCCUUAUUCUGUUCCACUUUUAGUUUAUUUUUUGGUUUAUCCUGUUAGAUUUAUGACUAAAGUUUAUGAAGGGUUUGGUAUUUUCCUAUUUUAGAUAUUUUAUUCCCUGGAUAUAUUGUGCUCAUAAAAGAUGAAAAACCAAGUAUCUUUGAAACGAAACAAAACAGUCCUUUCCUAGGUUGUGUAUUCCUUCUGUGGAUCAAGAAAUAUUUUUUAUUGUUUAAAGUACAUAUAUAUCCUAUAUAUAUAUAAUAAUAAUACAUGAUAAUAAUCCCAUAUAUAUGUAUAGGAAAAUGUAUGUAAAAAUAAUGAACUUAUUUUGUAUCAAGGGAAAAGCAUAAAUUAUCUAAUUUUUUUAUUAUAGUUGUUUUGUCUAUUGUGUUGAAGUUUGUGGUUGACUUUACAAUUUGGCCCAGCUCUAGAGUUAUAUGUUAAUGUAGGUUUUAAUCUAUCAGUUGACCUAUGUUGUGAAAAUUUCAAAAUAAAUGCACAAGUUUAUAUUUUUUACAUUCCAUUGAUAAUAAAUGAUAAUUGUUUA